GCGCAGGCUGCUCCUUCUUUCCGGCGGCGCCUCUCCGAGACACACAGAAUGGCUCCUCGCAAAGGCAAAGAGAAGAAGGAAGAGCAGGUGAUCAGCCUGGGGCCACAGGUGGCCGAGGGAGAAAAUGUCUUCGGAGUUUGCCAUAUCUUCGCAUCCUUCAAUGAUACCUUCGUCCACGUCACAGAUCUGUCUGGCAAGGAAACAAUUUGCCGUGUGACUGGGGGGAUGAAGGUGAAAGCGGAUCGUGACGAGUCCUCUCCGUAUGCCGCUAUGUUGGCAGCUCAGGACGUGUCCCAGAGGUGCAAGGAACUGGGAAUCACUGCUCUGCACAUCAAACUGCGAGCCACUGGGGGCAACAGAACCAAAACCCCAGGACCUGGGGCUCAGUCGGCCCUGAGAGCUCUGGCUCGGUCCGGUAUGAAGAUCGGCCGCAUUGAGGACGUGACUCCCAUCCCGUCAGACAGCACCCGCAGAAAGGGCGGUCGACGCGGUCGACGAUUGUAAACCUUGUUUCUGUUCAUGUCGGUAACCAAUAAAGGUAUUUUACU